AUGGAUGCGUACCAGGGGGAUGACUUGGUUCCUGAUAUCCGUGUACUACAUAGAGUCUUCUGGAGUUAUUACCCUUGUAUUAGGGCCUUCAGACAUUGCAAGCCAGUAGUGCAGGUGGAUGGGACUCAUUUGUAUGGUAAAUACAAGGGUUGUUUGUUGGUUGCAGUCUCACAAGAUGGUAAUAACAACAUCGUGCCUAUUGCAUUUGCCAUAGUGGAGGGGUCAGCUAUUGAUCGGAGUAAUGGGGCUUGGUCUCCUCACAGAGCUUUCCAUAUGUUCUGUAUCCGGCAUAUUGAGUCGAAUUUCUUGAGGAAGUUCAAGGCACCGUACUUGCAGAAGCUCAUCGUCAAUAUCGAACGGGGUGAGGCUUACACCAACUGGCUUGACCGCAUCCCACGUGAGCAGUAUGCUUUGGCAUUCGAUGGUGGAUACAGAUGGGGACAUAUGACCACCAAUCUUAUGGAGUGCAUCAACUCCGUGCUGAAGGGUGCACGCAAUCUCCCGGUCACUGCGCUUGUUAAGGCUACAUUUUACAGACUAAAUGAGUUGUUCACUAGGAAAAGAGCCGAGGCUGAGGCUCGAAUUAAUGCUGGACAUGUGUUCUCUGAGAUGGUCACCUCGAAGCUGCAAGCAAACCAGCGAGCAUCGGGAAACAUACAGGUGAGCUGUUUUGACAGAGAACAUGAAGUCUUUGAAGUUCGUGAGAUGCCUAAUGGGGUUGAGUAUGCAGUUGACCUACGCCAACAGCUGUGCGACUGUCGUGAAUUCCAGGUUGACCGAAUUCUGUGUCGACAUGUUCUAGCUUGUUGUGCAAAUCAGCAGUUGGAUUGGCAAGUAUAUGUUCAUGACGUAUACAAGAUGGAUUCAAUUCGAAGAGUAUACAGGGCGAGGUUUAGACCACAGAAAAAUCCUACAACGUGGCCUGCUUAUCAUGGUCCACGAUUCGUUGGCAAUUCGUUCCUUAGACGGGUGGCCAAAGGUCGGCCUAAGAUGACCCGCUUCUUGAAUGAGAUGGACACCCGCAUGUUGCGUGGUCCUAGGAGAUGCAAGCAAUGCGGUGCCGAGGGCCACAGCCGAAGUAGAUGUCGUCAGCGAGGUGGUCCAAGUGCGGGGGCACCCGGAGAGUAG